AUGUUAAACAAUGAAGAAAGAGCCACACUAAUGGUUCUUAUUCCUACUCUUCCGGAAAACAAAGACACUCUAUUCGAAUAUACAAGUUUUCGAUGUAAUGACACUGAAAGAGAAGAUGCAGCUAAAUGCGCUGUGAUUACAAUGCUUUUAAAAACUGGCAAAGAUAUUAAGCAUUUGAAGGGGUUAUAUAAUUACCUAAAUAAUAAUUCUACAUUGACUUCUUUGAAUAUUAGAUCAAUUAUAAUGGACAUUGGAAGAGUGGGGACAUUAGUGGAGGCUCUCGAAAAAAAUACCACCCUAAGCUCUUUGGGUAUACAUAACCAUAAUAUAUUCAAAGAUGGAGAAAUUAAAUUAGGGGAUUUUUCCCGUAAAAACACUACGUUGACCUCUUUAAGUCUUUGCGGAAAAUCUAGUUCUGAAUCUGCUGAAUUAGAAGAGCGACUGGCCAACACACUCCUUAUCAAUAAAACACUGAAUAAACUAAUUAUUCAGUGCUAUGAUUUGGAUACAUUAAAAGAACUUAAUAUAAAAUGGAAUGAUCUUGCAGAAGCGUUAACUAAUGCAAUUGCCAUGAGAACCACCACGCUGACUUCCUUGGAAGUUUAA